AUGAAUGUUAAGGACAGCUCCAUAGUGCAGUGUCUGGAAAUGACCACUAAGCGAAAGCUGAUUGGCCGGCUGGUGCCGUGCCGUUGUUUCCGCGGCGAAGAGGAAGUGAUCUCAGUGUUGGAUUACUCCCACUGCAGCCUGCAGCAAGUCCCCAAGGAAAUCUUCAGCUUCGAGAGAACUCUGGAGGAGCUCUACCUCGACGCCAACCAGAUUGAGGAACUACCCAAGCAACUCUUCAACUGCCAGGCCUUGAAGAAGCUGAGCAUGCCCGAUAACGACUUGUCCAACUUGCCCACCACCAUCGCCAGCUUGGUUAACCUCAAAGAGCUAGACAUCAGUAAAAACGGUAUCCAGGAGUUUCCCGACAAUAUAAAAUGCUGUAAAGGCCUGUCUGUGGUGGAGGCCAGUGUCAACCCUAUCACCAAACUCCCAGAUGGUUUUACGCAGCUCCUGAAUCUGACCCAGCUCUUCUUAAACGAUGCCUUCCUGGAGUAUCUGCCGGCUAACUUUGGCAGACUCUCCAAACUACGGAUCCUGGAGCUGAGAGAGAACCACCUGAAAACCAUGCCAAAGUCCAUCCACAGACUGACACAGUUGGAGAGGUUGGAUCUGGGUAGCAAUGAAUUCUCUGAAGUGCCCGAGGUGUUGGAACAGAUCCACAACCUAAAAGAGCUGUGGCUGGAUAACAACUCUCUACAGUGUAUACCAGGGGCGAUAGGAAAACUUCGUCAGCUGCGGUACUUUGACUUAGCUAAGAAUCGUAUUGAGACGUUGGACACGGAUAUUUCAGGCUGCGAGUCCUUAGAAGACCUGUUGCUCUCCUCCAACAUGCUGCAGCAACUCCCUGACUCUAUAGGAAUGUUGAAGAAGCUGACUACAUUGAAGGUAGAUGACAACCAGCUGACCUCACUGCCUAACACCAUCGGGAGUCUGUCUUUAUUGGAGGAGUUUGACUGUAGUUGUAAUGAGUUGGAGUCUUUGCCUCCCACUAUCGGCUACCUGCACAACCUGAGGACCUUCGCUGCUGAUGAGAACUUCCUCUCAGAGCUGCCGCGGGAGAUCGGUAACUGUAAGAAUGUGACAGUAAUGUCACUGCGGUCCAAUAAACUGGAGUUUCUUCCUGAUGAGAUCGGACAGAUGACCAAACUACGAGUCCUUAACCUCAGUGACAACAGGUUAAAGAAUCUACCAUUUACCUUUACUAAGCUGAAGGACCUGGCAGCUCUCUGGCUUUCUGACAAUCAGUCCAAGGCUCUGAUCCCACUGCAGACAGAAGCCCACCCUGAAACCAAACAGAAGGUUUUGACCAACUACAUGUUUCCUCAGCAACCGCGACAUGAUGAGGAUUACCAGUCGGACAGUGACAGCUUUAAUCCUACUCUGUGGGAGGAGCAGAGACAGCAGAGGAUGACUGUGGCCUUUGACUUCGAGGACAAGAAAGAAGAGGAAGACAACUCUGGGAAGGUCAAGGUGGAGAUAAACCUAAAGCGCUACCCAACACCCUACCCUGAGGACCUUAAGAACAUGGUCAAGUCAGUGCAAAGCCUUGUGGGUAAAAGCGUACACGCCGGACACGGGCACCAGCACCAGCACCAACACCAGCACCAGCUCCAGCACCAGCUCCAGCACCAGCACCAGCACCAGCUGAGCACAGGCACUGCCACCUCGGCAGGAACCAACAUGGAACACACGCACCUCAGCAAAGAACAGUACGAACAACCAUGGCCCCUGCCUCCUAAAGAGGUGACAGACAGAGAGAUGCAGGACUUCUCUCAGUCUCAGCUAAUGGAUCAGGGAUCAAUGCAUAACUCUGGCAUUGACAUUCCCAAGAGGAAGGAUAAAGAGGACCUGACGGAGAGCUCUGAGGACUCAAUGGGCGGCUCUCCCAACGAUAUCCGUAUCUCUGACAUGAGGCCCACCCUGGUGGAUCCUCCUAUGUACAAACCAAAGGUGGUGCUGCUGGGGAAGGACAAGAAAGCCACCUACUCCGACUACUCUCCCUCACAGGGCUCCUCCGGCUCCUCCAACCCACCCGGCAACUCACACUCACACUCUCACUCUCACGGACACCCACACACUCCUGCCCUGCCGGCCCCAAACAAGGACCAGGCCCCUCAAACACACUGGACCAACAGACUUGCUCAGUCUUUCCCCAAACCCAUUGACUCCAAGCCCCUGCUAUCUCAGAGAGAAACCCCUCCAUCAGGAACCCUGCAGCAGCGUGGGGAUCGACGCCCACUGAGCGAGCCUUUUGAUUGGUCUGAGGCCCCUCACUAUGACAACACAGGUUUUGAUGCUGAGGAGUCUCCUCUGGACCCUCCAUCGUCUACUGGAAGUCAGGGAAACCCGCCGCUGGGCUCCAAACCCCGCAGCCAGUCAACACACGGGCGCCGCCCCCUCCUCAGGCAGGAGCGAAUCGUAGGAGUACCUCUGGAGCUGGACACUCAGACGCUCCCCUUCCACGGCAACCAACGCGCUCCGGACAAUGACCCACAAUCCGGACAUCCUUCCCAGAAUCCUUGGCAGAACUGGACCAGAACCCCCAGCCCGCUGGAGGACCGAACCGCUUUUCCUUCCAAACUGGACCUGACGCCCACCUCCAGCCCCAACCCUGACCGCAAGGACAUUGACCAAAGGCUGGAACAAGGCCCAGGCCCUUUGCCUGGCAGCUGGACGUACCACGACAAUCAGGGAGAGCAGAACAGGAAGGAUCAGCUAAGUGUCAGCGGCGGCAACAAGGUGACCGUGGUGAUGAGUAAAAGCUCAGACCGCCUGUCCCCCAUGAUGAGGGAGACGAGAUCUAAGUUUAAGAAGUCACAGAGCAUCGAUGAGAUUGACAUGGGCUCUUACAAGGUCUACAGUAUUCCUGUGGACACCUACAGUUCAUCCAUUGAGCAACAGACUAGUUUGGACCGUCAAGAUUUGCCCGGUUCUAUGGAGCAGACCAACAUGUCACGGUCACAGUCUGCCCCCAUGUUGGACGAUGAGCUGAUGUUCCCAGGACACGGAGGCAGCAACCAGAACCAGUCAGGACAGAACCAAAAGCCUGCCAUCCCACAUAAGGCCUACCACUUCGACCACAACUACAACCCCCAGGUGACCAUGGACCGUCGGGUCCCUCCCCCCUUCCCCAACACACCAGAUUAUGUCAACCACUCAUCGAAAGCUUUGGAGUACAUCAAUCAACCAGGGAAGACAUUACCCAAGGAGUUGGUGAGCCCUCGGUAUCGUGCAUAUCCACCACUGGAGAUGUUUUCUUUCCCCCAAUCACCAAUCAACCAGGAUGGUCAGCCCAGCCAGCAUCAGCAGCCAAUCCCAUCACAGCGCUCCAGGCCAGGGUUUUUGAGGAGAGCAGAUUCAUUGGUGAGCUCUACAGAGCUCGCUUUGUUCCGCAGAGUCCAUGAAGCCCAGCAAGAGGCGCUGCAGGAAGCUCAGUACAGACAGCAGGCAGACCCCCCUCUUUAUGGUCGGGCUCUGGCCUACUCCACCCCCAUGGAGCACUCUGCUCUCACCAACAUGGCAGACAGCCAGAGCCAGAUGAUGCACAACAAGAGAAAUGGUCGCUACGAUGACGAAUACCCCAGCUACCAGGAACAGAAGAAACCCAUGAUUGGUUAUCCGACCAAGAGCCUGACUCAGCGCCGCCCGCUGUCUGCCAGGAGCUACAGUACUGAGACCUACGGAGCAUCUCAGGCUCGUCCAGUCUCAGCUCGUCCCACCAUGGCUGCCCUGCUAGAGAAAAUGCCCCCAGACUACACUCUGGCAACUUGCCCUGAGAAACCAUCUGAUGACACAAUCAAAGUAAGACCUGGCGUACCACUGAAGCCUGAAGACAUCACCUCCAGGAUGCCUGCAGAUUGGAGGCAACAGCUACUUAGACACAUAGAGGCCAAACGAUUGGACAGGAGUGGUGUCCUAAAGCACAACACGCUCACGCUGGGCAUGCUCUGUCAGGGCAGGGGUCACGGCCAGGGGCACAGCAACACUUUGAACUUUAACCUUUACAAUAACACUAAGCAUGAGCACCCUGCUGGCCGCUGGCUGCCACUACCUCCUCCUCCAUCUGCUAACGCCGUGAAAAUAGAGUCGAGUAUUAGCAAGAGUCUUACCUCUAGGCGAAUGCGUUUUCUAACAGAUGGCCCGGGCUGUUCGUCAUCUGGGAAGACCCCCUCCCAGCAGGCUGCCAUGCUGGAUAAUGACCAGGAGGGGCUGUCAGGAAGCAACCAGUGGGCUCCCUACUCGCUUGGUAGGAGGGACGUCCCACCUGACAACCUCAUGAAAAAGAGUGCCCACUCCCACAACCCUUCCCACCAAUCACACAACACCAUGACAGUCACUUCCUCUUCCUCCUCCUCGUCCACUACGCCUCAUCGUGUGGUCGUGCAGCAGGGCUACGACGGGAUGAUGAACAAAGGGGGCCAAUACCAACCGGGCAUGCCCUUGUCAGUGGUUCCCUCUGGUGGGCCGGGGCAGUACCAAAGCAACAUGUCUCAAGGCCAUCCUGCUCCCGGACAGGGUUACCCUGGCGCCGGCAUGACCAUGGCCAUGUCCCCGUCUGGGAACCAACCCCAGUACAACCCCCAUUCCUCCCACACAUCCCAUCAGCCCGCCACCAACCCUCAGUACCACGGCAAUCAGGGCAUGGUCCAUAGCAACCAGGGCAUGGUCCAUAGCAACCAGGGCAUGGUCCAUAGCAACCAGGGCAUGGUCCAUAGCAAUCAGGGCAUGGUCCAUAGCAAUCAGGUUGUCAUGACCCACACCAACCCGCGGCCUCAGAGUGCUCGUUGCCUGUUGCAGACUAAAGGCCAGAAGAGCACGGAUGGUUUCCAGGAACAGUUGUGUGUGAGAAUAGAGAAGAACCCUGGUCUUGGUUUCAGUAUCUCUGGUGGCAUCAGCGGCCAGGGGAACCCCUUCAAACCCUCCGACAUGGGUAUCUUUGUUACUAGGGUACAGCAUGACGGGCCCGCCGCAUCCACCCUGCAGCCCGGAGACAAGAUUCUGCAGGCUAACGGACAUAGUUUUUUACACAUGGAGCAUGAGACAGCCGUCUCUCUGCUGAAGAGUUUCCAGCGGACGGUGGACUUGGUGGUUCUGAGAGACAGCAGCACGUGCUAAAAAAAAAAAAAAAAAAAAAAGUUUUAUAACAAACAAACAAAUAAACACAACAACGCUUCUCUACUCUGCUCAUCGCCAUCCCAUGCCACCCUCCACCUGCCCUCCGCUGGAGGCUCGUGGAACCGAAAAAUGAGCCGCCUUUUUUACCUUUGUAGGGGAACACACAGACAUUGAUUUGCCUAUUGCUGGACCAAAGGCAAAUACUAGUGCCAAAUGUACCAUAGGAAACAUAUCGGCUCUUCUGUCUACCGGCGGUCAGGGACCUGAUCGACGGCUGGACGGACCACAGAAGGACUCUCUGAGUUCCUACAGGGCUGCUGCAGUUUGAAUUUUGUGGUCGUUAAUUAGGCAGUCAUCUGAUCAGUCAGUCUGAAUAGUUAUUUUUUGUUUGGUUAGUUAGCAUUCUGGGGUCUUUAUGCUUUUUCUCCGCUGCCUUUUAUUUUGCUGUCCAUGGUAGAUUUUGAAUGAUUUGUUUGGUACAGCACAUUAUUCACUUUUCCGUCUUCAUUAGUGUUCUUCUUUGCUUUUGUUCUGUUUUCUGUUGUCCUCUAUUCUGUUCUUUUCUUUUGACUUGUAUCUUCUGUUAUUCUCUUUUGUUCACUGCCUUAUGUUUUAUUAUUUUCUGCUGUCUUCUGUUCUGCAGGUAUUAUUGCCUCCAGUGUACAGAAAUUGAAAACUUAGGACUUUCUGCCUUGUGUACAUAUAUAGAGCUGCAGUUUUCCAGAGCCACACUUUCCUUGGGGCCUGGACAGACAGCUCUUAAAGUUUAUGAUUAAUAUAAACCACAUUCUGAAUUCUAUCUUAUGAACAUACAGGGAUUAUUUCUCCAAAUGGACAAUUUUCUAAAGUAUACCACUGAUUUUUUUUUUUCUGUAAAGAAAACACUGUUGAUAGUUCAUUAAUGCUACUCGUUUUUUUGUUUUAUUUUUUUAAAAACUGUUGCUUGCACAGCUGUGCUGAAAAGAGCUAAAGCAAUACUUCUGAGGCUCGGCCCACAGUGCCAUCUAUAGAGCAAGUCAUGCUAAUGUUUACACACACUGCCAUGCCCAUGAGCUAACAGGCAAACACACAGUAGACGUAUGUGCCCCCAUACACAACACAUAUGCAAUGGUGCGCACUGUGCACUAUUCAUAAUGAAGCCCUGUCAACACUCUAGCCUGACUUUACAAUUCAACUGCUAUAAUAAAACUCUCUCUCACACACACACACACACACACACACACACACAC